AUGGUUGAUGCCUCCGACAAGAACCAAAAACAACAUCAAAAGAAGCGCGCCGUCCAAGACCUGGAAAAAGCCGCUGAGAGCGGUUUUUCCGGGCGCUUGGUGGUGGCGAUGGACGACAGCAUCAAGCGCCAUUCUAAACGUGGCCGCCUUAUCGAUAUGGCCGACUUAAGUGAUAGGCCGGCUAUAAACUUCUCGUUGCACGGACCUAACCACAUGACGGCUAAGUUCGGGGAAGGUGAAGUUAUGGAAAGGGAUUUAAUUCCCCUUUGGAAGCAGCAGAAGGAAGCAGCAGAAAGGGGGAUAUAUUCGGCCCACGAUUGCAAACCUGACUCGCAUCCGAGACGGCGCCCGCUACCAGGCUAG